AUGGGAGAUCAUCAUGAUUUUAUCAAUUCAGGAAGCUGGUGGAAAGUAUCUUCUUCUUCCUCAACUUCUUCUUCCUCUUCCAUGAGAGCAAGCUCAAUUGAAUCUGGUGGUUCUGCUGUUUUCCAUGAUAAGCUUCAUCAUUCACUAGCUACUAAUCAUCAUCUGCAGAUGAUUGGUUUAGGGCUUUCUUCACAAUCACCUGUUGAUCAAUGGAACCAAUCUCUCUUAAGAGGAGAUAGUAAAGCGGAGACAAGCUUUGGAUUGAUGCUUCAAGAGAAUCUCAAUUUAGAUGCCACCUCAAACGCAAACGCUAUUCAAGAAUCUGAUCCCUCUCACCACCAAGCUUUGUGGAGAGAUCAUCCACAUAUCAAUAACAACGAUUUCAAACCGCAGCUAAACAUGACUAGCAACAACCGCGGCUUCUUCUUGGAUCAUCAGUUCAGCCCUCACGGCAGCUCAAGUACGGACAGUAGUACAGUGACGUGUCAAGGUUUCUCUUCCGACAACACGUCCAACACCUUGUACGGACCAGCAUCAACAACACCUAACUCAUCUUCAGUUAUGUAUCAACAUCAUCAUCAUCAAGCAGCUGGCUUCAACACGUCGAGGAAUCAUCAGCAGUCAAAUCUUGGUUACUCUCAGUUCGGUUCUUGCACCGAUCAGAUGGCGUCGGCGUUACCUUUGAGAUUUUCGAACAACGCAACGUUUUGGAACCCUGCGGCGACGGUGGGAAACGUGGGUCCUACUCAUCAUGAAGCGUCGGCGAACUAUUUCCCGGCGUUACAGCCACCGCUGAUUCACACGCCGAGUUUUGACGAACAACCUAAGAGUAUGCUGGAGAUUAGAGGUUCGAGUAGUAGUGAAGUAAAACGAGUCGGAGGAGAUCAGCCGGCGGCGAAAAGGGCUAAGAGCGAAGCAGCGUCUCCGUCACCAGCUUUCAAGGUGAAGAAGGAGAAAAUGAGUGACAGAAUCGCUGCGCUCCAACAAUUGGUUUCACCUUUCGGAAAGACUGAUCAAGCCUCAGUGCUCUCUGAAGCCACUGAAUACAUUAAGUUCUUACACCAACAAGUUUCAGCUCUGAGUAACCCAUACAUGAAAAGGGGAGCUUCUUUACAUCAUCAACAGAGUGAUGAUCAUCCCAACGUGCUAGAAGUAUCCGAAGAACCAGAUCUUAGAAGUCGAGGUUUAUGUUUAGUACCAGUUUCGAGCACAUUUCCAGUGACACACGAUACUACAGUAGAUUUUUGGACUCCUACCUUUGGUGGGACUUUUAGAUAGAUCGAUAUAAGAUGGAAAAGUUGCAUUAGAUGUUGGUCGACAUAUAUUUUAACCUAUAUAUACGUAGAUUGUUGAUAAGAAGAUCACCACAUUUUACACGAAGAAGCAAAAUAAGUCAAUUGACAAGUGAAAAGUUUUUUUUUUCAUUUAUAUAUAUUUAUAGAUUUAUAACCAAAUUGGUUAAACCAAUCCUCAAAUUAGUAAUGUGUAAUUGAAGAAUAACUAUGUAGAUGAUAUAUACAAGAACUAUUGAAACCUGAAGGUAAGUUUUUUCACACGAUUAACUCCAAAC